AUGGAACUUCGUCUUCGCAUGGUUAUGGACUUCGUCUCCGCUACUACAGCUACCCAUGGAACUUCGUCUUCGCAUGGUUAUGGACUUCGUCUCCGCUGUUGGCUUCAGUUAUCCAUGGAACUUCGUCUUCGCAUGGUUAUGGACUUCGUCUCCACUGUUGAAUCUAAAAAGAUGGGGCGCAUUGAUAACUUUUGGUUGAAGUUUUUACCUGGGUCGAAGCGUCGCGAUCUUAUGGAGAAUAAAAAGAUAAAUGCCGAAAACGUGUUUUUAUCAUGCGAUUUAUCUUGUGAUGGAGUACAGUUUGGUGGAGCUGGCAAUAUUAUUCAAGGGCACAAACAGUCGUAUGAAGAUCGUGAACAAGGGAGUGUUGAAGUGGUGAUACCAACCAAAAGGAUGAAAUCAAGUGGCCAAACCGAAACUGAAAAAGAUCCAGUUCUUGAUGUGGCUCAUGAGGAUCUCGAAACCUCUAGCGAUAAUUACACUGAUGAUGAGUCUAAUACUUCAUCCAUUCUGCAGAUUGAUUACGGUGAAUUGGUAAACAAAGGCGCUGUGCAAGAUGAUGGACCUCGAACUCCUCCUCAUCAAAUUGUCAGUAACACAUACAACCAAGAAAUAUCAAUUCAUGAAAACAUAUUAAGAAUGUCUGCUAAAAGUUUAGCGAAACUAGACGAAUCCAAGAAAUCACAAAAAAAUAAUCCGUAUUCGUGUACAAAUGAUGAUGUAAUGGAUAUUCGAGGAGAUAGCGGGUUUUCGAAAUUUUUAUCAGUUGAUGAUUAUAUAAAAUUACGAUCAAAAAAACCAAAGAGGAAAGUCGAAUUACCAGAAGAUUGGCGUAAUGCUGUUGAAGAAUAUUUUAAGGAGACAACCGAAAAUGGAUCAAAAAAAAACAUAUCUGAUUGGAUCAGUAUUACAGAAGAGCUGGGAGUCGUAAAAAAGGAAGAUAACAAAGAGCUAAUGAGAAUAAAGAAAUAUUUGAACCGAGUUAUGCUACCGUUGAUCGAAUCAUUCUCAAAACCAAUCCCAGAUAUCAGUGCCCCGAAUACCAGUGAACAUCAUUAUUGGUCAGAAUUUGGCCAUCGUUUCUUCUCAAGAGCAUUACAAGAAUUUGUGGGUCUUGAUUGGAGGGCCAUGGAAGUCCCUGUCCUUGCUUCUAAAUACAGAAGAAAUUAUGCCCAUAAUCAUGCUAUAGAUACAGUGGUUGAUGGAAAAUAUGCGGACUUGUUGGCGUGGAUGUGGGAGACGGGUGAAGAAAUCUUUGUUGGGGAACAAGCUGGACCUCCUGUUAAACCCGACCUCACAAAAUCAGCAACAGAUUUUUUUAAAUUAUAUAGAGAAAUGAGAGAUUGUUUAAAUGCUAGAAUUUUACAUGCCAUGGGAAAAGGAGACAUAAAUUAUAAUGAUCGUGCUAUUUUUGGAAUAUUUGGUUACCUUUUUGAGAUCAAAAUGUUUAUUAUGUGGAAAGAUGGCGUAUACGUAUAUGAGGAAUAUGGAAGUUUAAAUAUUGCUUCCAAUAUGAAUCAGAUUUUUAUGAUGAAAGAAGAUAUAUUGCAGUUACUGGAAUUUAUGAUGAUCAUUAAAAUCGAAGUGGAAAAUACUGUGAAAACAAAAUAUAAUAGUGAUACGGUACAUAUUUUGAAAAGAAAAUUUGACGAAAUUAUUCAGACAAAACCAUCACCAUCAAAU